AUGUCCUGUGAAGAUACGGAAACUGUGCUGGACGCGGAUCAGUGGGUGAAGGAGGCGGAGGACCACAUACAUGAUGUACAGCAGCAUGUCAAUAACCUGGAAGUGUCAAAGAAGCUGGGCAGCACUAACUCUGGGGUUUACCUGAAUAUGGAAACAUUGGAAGGCACGCUAUUCUGCAUUUUCUUGUCUGCCAGUGGUCUCCAAGUUGUUUCGACUUCAUUGGAUGAAAGAAAUCUUCAAAGUGAAAAUGACGAAACGUUUGAAACGUUUCACGCCCUUUUGGACAAAUUGAGUCCUCUGUACACUAAAUCAUUUGCUGGUGAACUUCAAAGGAAACUGAUGGGCUUAUUGGAACACCAAUGA